AUGCAAGUUCGCGGCCAGUUGUCGACGAACUACGACUUAGAGGACAUCAACGAGGAGCCCUUGGCGUACGUUAACAGACUCUUCGGUGAGAGGUACAAGCAGUGGAAGAGUGACUUGCACCACCAUUUUCAGGCGUUUGAUAAUCCGCAAGUCGCUCUUCAGGAGGGUUGCCCGAAGGAGCUUGAGGGGCGGGAGGAUAGUUGGGCGUGGCUCUGCGCUCAUUUUCAGGCGCCCGAUUAUGUGUCUGCCCCUCAACCGAACCACGAUGUGUUUUUGAGUUUCAGGGGUGAGGACACUCGACUUAGCUUUGUAUCCCAUUUAUACCACGAAUUGCAGCUCAGGGGCAUUAAAACAUUCAAGGACGAUCCUAAGCUUGAAAGAGGGACACCUAUUUCUUCAGAGCUCUGCAAUGUAAUCGAAGAAUCAAGGCUUGCAAUCGUUGUUCUCUCGCCAAAUUAUGCAUCUUCUUCCUGGUGCUUGGAUGAACUUACAAAGAUUCUCCAAUGCAUGAAAUCCGUAGGCACAAUUCUGCCAGUGUUUUAUAAUGUGGAUCCCUCCGAUGUGAAAAAACAAAGCGGCAGUUUUGCGGACGCCUUCGCUGAGCAUGAGAAAAGGUUUAGGGAAGACAUCGAUAAGGUAAAGCGCUGGAGAGAUGCUUUAACAGAAGUAGCCAAUUUAUCUGGGAUAGAUUCGAAGAAUGAGUGUGAAAGAAAGCUUAUUGAAAAGAUUGUUGAAUGGGUGUGGAGUAAAAUGCAUCGCACAUUCAAAUUGUUAGAUUCCGCAGAGUUAGUGGGAAGUAAGUUUAUACUUGAGCACAUAGAUUGGCUAUUAGCUCCUACGGAUGAUGUUCGCUUUAUAGGGAUAUGGGGAAUGGGAGGCAUUGGCAAGACGACCAUUGCUAAGCUAGUUUAUGAGAGCAUUUCUGUUCAUUUUGAAGUUAGCUGCUUUCUUUCUAAUGUUAGAGAGGUUUCUGAACAUGGGAAUCUUGUUAAUCUACAAAGACAGCUUCUUUUCCCGAUCUUGAAGGAACAAAUUACUCAAGUUUGGGACGAACAGUGGGGGACCUAUUUCAUUAAGAAUUGCUUAUCUAAUAAAAAGGUUCUUAUUGUUGAUGACGUGAAUGAAUCAAGCCAACUAGAAAAAAUUGCUGGAAAAAAGGAUUGGUUUGGUAAGGGGAGUAUAAUCAUAAUUACAACUAGAGAUGAACGGCUGCUAGUCAAGCAUGAUACGCAGGUAUCAUAUAAGGUAGAGGGAUUAGGUGAUGAUGAUGCUCUUGAGCUCUUUAGUCGGAAUGCCUUUAAAAAAAAUGAGCCUGAGGAAGGUUUCUUGGAAUUGUCCAAGGGUUUUGUAAAUUAUGCCAGAGGCCUUCCAAUAGCUCUUAAACUUUUGGGAUGCUUAGUGUACAAGAGAGAUCAAGAUGAAUGGAAAAGUGAAUUGGAUAAGCUGCGGAAAAUUCAUAAGUCUGAAAUUUUUGAUUUACUCAAACUAAGUUACGAUGUACUAGAUGAGAUGAACAAGAAUAUAUUUCUUGAUGUUGCAUUUUUUCAUAAGGGAAAGGGCAAGGAGGAAGUAAUUGAAAUACUAGAUAGUUGUGGCCUAUGUGGUCGUAUUGGGAUAAAUGCUCUCGUUCAGAAAUCACUCUUAACUAUAUCAAAUAGGAAUGUUGAGAUGCAUGAUUUGAUACAGGAAAUGGCAUUAGAAAUUGUUCGUCGAGAGUGUCCUGAAGAGCCUGGUAGACGAAGUCGAUUGUGCAAUCAUGAUGAUAUCUCUCAUGUAUUCAUAAAUAAUACGGGUUAA